AGAACAGCCAUUGCUGUGUCGUGGCUCUGUAACAAAACACGAAGGUGGAGAGGAAGACGCGAAUUGCGGACUCUCAUUUCACCAGAAGGCAGAUUUUCAUGAUUUUAAGAGAAAACAUAUUUACUCAAUUGAAAUACACUUAGAUAGCUAACGGGAUUCACCAGCUCCGGAUAUGUCCUUCAUAUUUGAUUGGAUUUAUAGUGGUUUCAGUAGCGUACUGCAGUUUUUAGGACUGUACAAGAAAUCGGGCAAGUUAGUAUUUCUUGGACUGGACAAUGCUGGCAAGACAACGCUACUGCACAUGCUCAAAGAUGACAGAUUGGGACAGCAUGUGCCAACUUUACAUCCAACCUCGGAAGAGCUGACGAUUGCUGGCAUGACCUUCACCACCUUUGACCUUGGAGGCCAUGCACAAGCUCGCAGAGUGUGGAAAAACUACCUCCCCGCCAUCAACGGCAUCGUCUUCCUUGUGGAUUGCUUGGACAUCCCGAGAUUGGCCGAGUCCAAAACAGAACUUGAUGCACUAAUGACAGAUGAGACCAUUGGAAACGUGCCCAUCCUGGUCCUUGGCAACAAGAUUGACAGAAACGAAGCCGUCAGCGAGGAGAAACUGCGUGAGAUGUUUGGAUUGUAUGGACAGACAACAGGCAAGGGCAACAUUCCCAUGAAGGAGUUGAACACGAGACCACUGGAGUUGUUCAUGUGCAGCGUGCUGAAGAGGCAGGGCUACGGGGAGGGCUUCCGCUGGCUCUCCCAGUACAUCGACUAGAACCCCGGCAGCAGGAGGCGCUAUAGGGAGACUCUCCACUUCUACCACCACCGCCACCACACUCAGUCCCAUGUUUGAUUUAUAAAGUCUGCCUCCACUAUCAGAAAAAAACAGUACAACUUGAACCCAAUAGACUUUUAUUGGUCUCRGGAAUUUUUUUGUGUGGCUUUUUUUCUUCCUUUACUCUCUUUUUCUAAGAGAAUUAACAUAGCAUUGAUUCUGCAGAAGCGUUGAAAAAAAUUCUAACUGAUGAAUCUUUUCUAUUUUGUUUCAGUCUUUUCACCUCCCCCGUGACAUCUGUUGGUGUGAUAAAUGCAUUCUAACUCUAAAUCUGUAAAUUAAUCUAAUGGUAUAGGCCCAUCGUACCCUUCCGACACAUUUUGAGCAGUGAGACAGAGCUGAGUAGUUGUACACGUCGCAAUACAUAUUUUUUUGAAACUUGAAAGACAACAUGCAGAUGUGACUCGUGUUUAAUCAUGUUUCA